AAGAAUAAAACGUAGGUAUAAAAUAUCGGAGGGAGCUAGAUCGAAACAAGCAAAUGUCCGUGGUUUUCAAGCCUCUGGCUUCGCACGCUAGUAAGAUGGAGACGCCUUCCUGUCCUCCGCGCUCUUAGCCGGGACCGCCGUCGCACUCAUACAUCGCCGGGAGGUUGCCUUCCAAAGGGGAGUUUAUUCAGACCAUGGUUUCUUCGGCAGCACUUGUUCCAGAAUUUGAUAAUUCUUUCUUCUCUAGGAAGAGGUUGAAAGUUUCAGAUUUUGAACAUCAAGAACUAGAUUUGCACAUGGCUACAUCAAUCCAGUCGAACACCAUGGAAUGCUUAUCUCAUGGGUGCUUUAUUGACAGUCAUGCUUCUUCGUCUAGCUGCAGUAUGGAUGAAAAUGCUUGUUCUAAUUCUGUGUUGGAGACGAGUUGCCAGUUGAAUGGCAAUAGUGGUGAUAUUCCAGAGUCUAGCGAUGCUGGGGGGACGGGGUCAUCCUUCCAGGAAAAGAAUUAUUCUGGCUAUGUGCAUCCUACUUUUGUGAGUGGAUGGAUGUAUAUCAAUGAAAAUGGACAGAUGUGUGGUCCUUAUAUUCAGCAACAGCUAUCUGAGGGUUUAUCCACUGGUUUCCUGCCUGAGGAUCUUCCUGUUUAUCCCAUUGUAAAUAGGACAUUACUGAAUCCUGUACCUUUGAAGUACUUCAAGCAGUUCCCUGACCACAUUGCCACUGGUUUUGCAUAUCUGGGCAUGUGUAUCUCUGGAGCAUCCGUGCCUGCAAAUUGUUUUGCCUCUUUCAAUAUGAGUUCAGCUAUACAUGGGCAAAAAGGCAUUGUUCUGCAUGCUUCUCAAGUUUCUUCUUGUCCAGAUGCACAGUUGGUUUCCUGUUCACAAGUGCAUCACAAUACUUAUUGCUCAAAUCAGCCAUUUUCAAAUUCCAAGGCAGUGAACCUUGAUACGCCAUACCUUGAUACACCAUUCUCUCUACCGUCACGGGAAGAUUCUUGUUGGAUGUUUGAGGAUGAUAAAGGGAGGAAACAUGGACCACAUUCUCUUCAGGAACUUUAUUCCUGGCAUCAGUAUGGAUAUCUCGGGGAUUCAUUAAUGAUAUAUCAUAAUGAAAAUAAGUUUAGACCCUUGCCAUUGCUAUCUGUUAUCAAUGCUUGGAGAAUGGAUAAACCUGAAUCUGUCUUUGUGUCUGAUGUCAAAACCGAUAGUGGCUCACUACUCAGCUUCAUUUCUGAAAUUUCUGAAGAAGUUUCUUGUCAACUGCAUUCUGGAAUCAUGAAAGCAGCUCGUAGAGUUGCGUUAGAUGGGAUAAUCAGCAAUGUCAUCUCUGAGUUUUCUACUAUGAGGAAAGCUCAUAGAAAUCCUAGGCUCAAUUACCAAGAUGCCAAAACUUGUUCUACAGAUGAAAAAAUGUCUGAAGUUCCUGGUGAGAGAAGGAAUGUUGUUGCUAAUGAGUGCCAAGCUGCAACCUGCGACCUUUUCUCUGAUAAGGCAUAUGUUGAUCAGAUACCUGUGCAGUUUCACAGAAGCACAAAAUCUGUUGGAAGCAUUGAUAAUGUCUGGAGGUCUUAUGCAGUUGUUUGUAGAAUUCUUUUUGAUUAUUGCAUGGAAGUCAUGUGGAAUGCUGUCUUUUAUGAUGCCGUAAGAGAAUAUUCUACUUUCUGGCGGAAAAGAAAACAUUGGUUUGCUCAUCAAAAUAUUAGAAUCCCUGCUACUGUCACGGAUUAUGUCAAGGAGACUGAAAAAUUACCCAGUGAGCUUGAAUCCUUUGAUUGCGAUGUUGAAUGUCCUCCUGAUUUUGAUCUUGUGAUGGUUGAAAAAGAUAGUCAAUCACAAUCACCUUGCAUUUCUUCAUUUGUGCCUUUUGGGGAGAAGUCAUCAAAACUGAACAGCCUAUCAGACAGUGGUUGUGCAUAUGAUGGCAUAAAAUGCAUCUUAGAAUAUGUAGAAAAUGAACUACAUGUGUCCACAAAGGUGUCUUUGGUCGAGUAUGUUGAACUUCUUGUCAAAGAGGAAGUGCGAAAGGUAGUUAAGUUCUCAGAGGAUGACAAAUUGAAUAAGGAGACCUUUGAAUCUUCCUUUCACUGUUACCAGACAACUGAAAAUAGUUCUUCAGAGUUGCAUGAUGAACUGAGGAUUGACUCCAAUAAAGUGACUCUUGAGACAUCCAGUGAUUCUGUGCAAGCUGGAAAACCCUUUGAUUUCUGUGCCAGUGCCUUCGAAAAAUCACGGGCAUACGUUAAUGAUACAAUGGAUGACCAGAAUAUUAAUGAACCUCCACCACCUGGAUUUGAAGAUAAUAUUAGAACUCUUGUCCCAUCAUCUACAUGUAAAUUCCAACUUUCAAGAUCAGAUGAGUCUAUUCCUAAGAUCAGAGAGUAUGUUGCCAUGGCAGUGUGCAGGCAGAAGUUGCAUGAUGAUGUAUUGAAGGGGUGGAUAUCAUUUUUCAUUGAUGACAUCCUUGGUCAAUAUGUUGGACUGCAUCAUACUUCAAAAGGACCCUUGGAACCUGACUCUAAUGUGGAAGGGACAUAUAUUACAAAUAAGGAACAUGAUAGCACCACUAUUGCUUCACUAGAAAAAGUUAAGGAAGGAUCAAGGAAAUUUAAUAGUUCAGACUCUACAGAAAUGCCUUUGGUUACUGGUAAAUACACGUACCAUCGCAAGAAAAAGUUGGCAUGGAAGAAGUUGGGGUCAUCUUCUCAGUCUUUGACUCAAGUUGACGCAGGGUUACAACAUCAGCCUGUGGAGAAGUCAAGAAAGCAUCAAAUUGUCAGAGAGGUUGCUGAGAAUGUAGCAGUGGAACCUGUUGUUGCAACUCUGAAGAAGGAAAUAACCAAGGGCCAGACUGAAUUAUCUGUUAACGCUAGGCCUUUAAAAACCAAUGUUAAAAGCAGUUCUCCAAGCAAUCAAUCAUUGGCCAAAAAUGCUACUCAUCAAAAAGUAAUAAAGAUUAAGCGCACAGUUCCGAGACCUAAACAUGCUGUAAAACGUACGGGGAAGAGUGUUUCAAAUUCGAGUGAGGACCUUAAUAAUGUUAAGAAGGUUAUUGAUAGCAACAGCCAUGAUGCUGGAAUUGAGAAAGCAGUGGUUCAUAACUAUUCUGAAAAUAAUCUAAUUGCAACUAAGGUAUCAAAACUGAAAAGGAAGCAUUCAGUGGGUGGUGGGUCAGUGUCACAUCCUGCAAAGAUUGUGAAAGUGGCCAAUACUGCUUCUAAGCAAGUAGCAACCAGACAGGUUACAAUGCGGAAGGCAAAGUCCUGUAAAUCAAGGACGUCAAAUUACUGCCCUAGGUCUGAUGGAUGUGCGCGGACUUCAAUUAAUGGCUGGGAAUGGCACAAAUGGUCUAUUAAUGCAAGGCCUAUUGAAAGAGCUCGUGUUAGGGGAAUUGAUUGUGUUCAUGCCAACUAUUCAGGUUCUGAGGCAUAUACUUAUCAGUUGUCGAACGGUAAGGUUCUUUCUGCUAGAACAAACAGAGUGAAGAUGCGCAGUCUUCUUGCUGCAGUUGAAGGUGCCGACCUUUUAAAAGCUACACAAUUGAAGGCAAGGAAAAAGCAUCUGCGUUUCCAACGAAGCAAAAUUCAUGACUGGGGUCUUGUUGCACUGGAGCCAAUUGAGGCCGAGGACUUUGUAAUUGAAUAUGUUGGUGAACUAAUUCGUCCUCGAAUAUCUGACAUACGCGAGCGUCUUUAUGAGAAAAUGGGAAUUGGCAGCAGUUAUCUUUUCAGACUUGAUGAUGGUUAUGUGGUUGAUGCUACAAAACGUGGGGGAAUUGCAAGAUUCAUAAACCAUUCUUGUGAGCCCAACUGCUACACCAAGGUCAUAACUGUUGAAGGUCAGAAAAAAAUUUUCAUUUAUGCGAAACGAUUUAUCGCUGCUGGGGAAGAGGUCACUUAUAAUUACAAAUUUCCUUUGGAGGAGAAAAAGAUACCAUGCAACUGUGGUUCUAGGAAGUGUCGUGGAUCAUUGAAUUAGGAAGUAUUUUGAGUUUCCAUUUCUGGCCAGUCAUUAAAGUUUUGUUCCUCACUCUGUAAAUUUGCCAUCAAUUGAUGUUAGAGCUGGAUACCCCAGUAACUGUAGUAAGAAUUGGAAAAGGUUGGAAGCAAAAGUGGGCGAGUGGAUGUGGUUUUUUGGGGACAGCUGUAGAUGGUAAAUUUGCAAACCAUUGUCUUAUCCACGCAUGAAAAGAGGGGAAAUGCAAGCGCUCAAGUUUUCUUCUACUAAUGCUGAAUAUGAUGUAAGAUUUAUAUACAAUGGCUUUGUGAAUAACUUGAAUUGGAAAAAUUGUUGGUGCAUGAAGGAACUUAAUUAGACAUUUCGUUAUUAUAUGUGCCUUCAAGGAAUCUGAUGCCCUUUUGCAGUCGUCAGUGGUGGGUUCUAGGGCUGCAAAUGAGCCAAAUUGGUUGUGAGCUAUUUGGAGUUCAACUAAAUAAGGGCUUGCUUUAUUAAAGUUGCUCAUUGAAUUUGUUUAAAAUCUAUAGAAAUUGCUAUUCUUUUCCGUUCAAAAGUACUCAUAGCUUGGUCCUUAAACGUGACUGUUCAUAAUGUAUAAUAAUAUAUAUGAGUAUUAGAAACAAAGAAUUUUUUUGAUAAUUUUUUUGAUGAUUUUGUGAGUGGUUUCGUUAACAAUUGAAGUAUAUUGCCAAAGCCUUCAACAAAUAAGACAAUUUUUUUUCAAAUCUAAAACGCAUUUUUUAAAGACAAAUAUUGUAUUGUGCAUGACCUGUCUCCACUUUGUUAAAUUUAAAACUCAUUUUAUAAACGAACUUAAGCCUAAGAAGAACGAAGUUCAAUUAGGCUCAGUUCCUUCAGUGUCCCACAAUAUUCGUUUUACGAUGAAAGUACAUAGUCCAUCUAUUAAUCCUUAGUUCUUACAGUAAUGAGUGUGCUUUUAUCCUUGCUUAUCUGAUAAUCUAGCUUUUGAUAAUUUGAGUCUCGCACUCAUUUGUAGAAUUGGUCAUUUGAAGCUCUUGGUUUGCCAGUUUAACUAAAUGUAGCAACAACAAUAAUAGUAAUGAACCAUCCCUUGCGCUGAGGACAUUGAUGCAUGCUACUUUAUUCCAGGUUGUGAAUGUAGGCAUCAAUAAAGGCUUGGAUUAUGUGAUUGUGGUGGUUUUUGCGUUGAAUUUUUCAUCUACUUGUGGAGGAUGAGGUUCUGAUUCUUGUAAAUCUCCAUAUAUAUAUAUAUAUAUAUAUAUGCGCUGCAGAUGAAUUUCUCCUCUUAGAAACUCAAAAUCAGUUAUUGUUUGUUGCCUACAUGACAUUUCUGGAAUACCAUUUUGUUGUACAAACAUGCAUUACUAUAUUUAUUCUAUACAAGUAAAAUUUUAUGUA